AUGGGCCGAGACGUGUGGUGGAGAGUCCUGGACGUGUGGACAGCUUUGCAUACCAUCUACCUGGGCUUUAUUGAGGUGCUCAGGUACUGGAGUGAGGUCUUUGCCAUGGCGAGGCGGCCCCGGAGCAGCCGGGCGUGGCAUUUUGUCCUGAGUGCGGCCCGUCGAGAUGCUGAUGCUCGGGCCGUGGCUCUGGCGGGCACCACUAACUGGGGCUAUGACUCUGAUGGGCAGCACAGCGAUUCGGACUCUGACCCCGAGUUCUCGUCCUUGCCGCUGUCCAUCCCCAGCGCCGUGCCUGUGACCGGGGAGUCCUUCUGUGACUGCGACAGCCAGAGUGAUGCCUCCUUCUGCGGGGGCCGGCACAGCGCCCACCGUGGCAGGGACUGCCGCUGCGGGGAGGAGGAUGAACACUUUGACUGGGUCUGGGACGACCUGAACAAGUCCUCGGCCACGCUCCUGAGCUGUGACAACCGGAAGGUGAGCUUCCACGUGGAGUACAGCUGCGGGACGGCUGCCAUCCGGGGCACCAAGGAGCUGGGGGAGGGCCAGCACUUCUGGGAGAUCAAGAUGACCUCACCCGUCUACGGCACUGACAUGAUGGUGGGCAUCGGGACGUCGGACGUGGAGCUGGACAAGUACCAGCAUACUUUCUGCAGCCUGCUGGGCAGGGACGAAGACAGCUGGGGCCUCUCGUACACGGGGCUCCUGCACCACAGCGGCGACAAGACAAGCUUCUCCUCGCGCUUCGGCCAGGGCUCCAUCAUUGGCGUCCACCUGGACACCUGGCACGGAAGGCUGACGUUCUUCAAGAACCGCAAGUGCAUAGGCGUGGCGGCCACCAGGCUACGGAACAAGAGGUUCUACCCGAUGGUCUGCUCCACGGCGGCCAAGAGCAGCAUGAAGGUGAUCCGGUCCUGGGCCAGCACCACGUCCCUGCAGUACUUGUGCUGCUACCGGCUGCACCAGCUGCGGCCUGACUCCGGGGACACGCUUGAGGGGCUGCCGCUGCCGCCAGGCCUCAGGCAGCUGCUACACAGCAAGCUGGGCUGGGUGCUAAGCAUGAGCUGUGGCAGCCGCGGGCCACCCACCAGCGAGGCCAGGCCCAGCCAGCGGAAACGCUGCCGGCGGACCUGA